GGAACUUCGAUCAAAUAUAAAUACGAAUCGGUAGACGAUCAAAAGCGUCAGUUACGUAAGUUCGAAAGCCACUAUCACUACUGUGUAGUUAAAAUCAAUAAUCAAUUUAAAAAUGUUCAAGAUUAUCUGUUUAUUCGUCGUUAUCGCUGUCGCUUCGAUUUCGGCUGACCCGAAACCCGGAGUUCUGGCUUACAGCGCACCACUGAUAGCCGCUGCCCCGGCUUCGGCCGUCUACGAGCGCACAUACCACGGGAACAUAGCCCCUCUGGCAGCAUAUGCUGCUGCACCAUAUUUCGCUGCUCCAUUGGCCUAUUCUGCUCCGUACGUAGCAGCUGCCGCUGCUCCGGUGUUGCUCAAGUGAACAACUUCUCCUGGAAACCCGUUGACGGGAUGUCCGUACACUCUUAUAAAAAAUGAAAUUUACGCUUGACACAAUAUUACAUCUACUAACAUGUAAAAAUAAAUGUUGCGUCUGAAUCGAUGUAAGCUUCAGCUAAAUUUACUGUUAAGUAAUUGAUAUGACUUAUCACUACAUGCUAUGUAUUGUGAAUGUAAGUGAACCGCGACGCUCCUUUUAUGUGCAUCUAUAAAGAUAGUAAUUUUUCUAAGUGUGUAGAUCAACCGUUGAUAGUUGAUUGAAGCUAUUUUACGAUGUUCAUCCUACAGCUUUAAUUUGAUCAAAAUAUAAAUACCUAUUAUGACUGAAUACGACGAAA